AACACUUUCGCAACUAAUUAUAUAAAAUCAUACAUUUUUUUUAAUUAAUUUAUAUAUGGUUAUAGGGGAUACGAUAAAAUAUUUGACCAUUGUUCUCUUAAAAUAUCAUGUGCAGAUCUUGGUUAAUCCUUCUAGGCUCAUGCUAUAUUACGUACAGUAUCUCUUAGUAUCAAUCCUAAAUCAACUUUCCUGUACAUAUCUUAGCGUCUGCUGAAGUCGUAUAAUUGUCAUGUUACUUUGAACUUAUCUCUGUCUAAACGAGCACAAGUACUAAUAUAUGGACCAUUUUCAGAACCUGGCAAUUUGCCACACGUACUUCCCAAAUAGGCAAUGGGUGGUGGUGUAUUGGUCUAGGUAGAGAAUAAAUAAGAAAAAGCCUUACCGCAAUACAAACAAAGAAUAGCGCUCUGUAUACAGGUACUCAGACCCAAAUAUCUACAAUAACAAUAAACAGGUAAGCUAGAUGUAUAAAUAAGUAAAUUGAGAUUUACACAGAAAUGUCGUCUACUUCGAAUGUUUUUGAGACUUCAGAGGGAAGUGAUGCAGUCAAUAAAUCCAAUCGAGUUAAGGGGAAAGCAAAAGAUAAAACCAAUGGGAAAGAAUCUUCUGAUAUAGAUGAUGGACUAGAUGAUCUACUUAAUGAAUUAAAAGAUGCAUCAGAUGAAGAUGAGGAAGAAGAUGAUUUAGCACUUACCAGUGGAGAUGAAGAAAAUUUAGAUAAUAAUUCUAAUACUAACAAUAACAAUGACAAUAAUAAUCAAUUUACUUUUGAUGAUCAAAGUGAUGAAGAACCAUUAUUUUUAUCUUCAGAUGAUGACGAGGCAUAUGGUGAUAUAGAAGAUGAUGAUGAAAAUUAUACUUUAAAAGAUGGGUUAAGAUUAGCUCUGAAUUUUAAGAUUAAAAAUAAAGGAGCAUCUAAAUCCAAAUCUUAUUGGAGAAGGAAAAUGUUAAGAUCUACCAAUCGAGAAUUAGAUCCUGAAGUAAGAUCGAAUUUAUCUCAAGCUAAUGAAGCAUUUGUUAGAAAUGAUCUUCAAGUUGCUCAAAAUCUUUAUCUUGAAGUUAUUAAAAAGGAUCCAAAGAAUUUUAAUGCUUAUAAAACAUUAGGUGAAAUAUAUAAACAACAAGGAAAAUUAAAUGAUUGUUGUAAUUGUUGGUUAUUGGCUGCAAAUAUUCAUCCUUGGGAUAGUCAAUUUUGGGGGAAUGUUGGUGAAUUAUCUAGUCAAUUAGGUCAUAUAGAUCAAGCUAUUCAUUGUUAUAGUAGAGCAAUUCAAUCAGAUACAAAUAAAAGUGUAAGAUUUGUAUUAGAAAGAGCAAUCUUAUAUAAAGAAAAGAAACAAUUUGGUAGAGCAUUAGAAGGAUUUCAAAGAGUUGGUCAACAAUUUCCUACUGAUACAAUGAUAAUUAAAAAUAUUGCUAGUGUAUAUGUUGAACAAAAAAGAUUAAAUGAUGCAAUUAAUUUAUAUAUGAGAAUUCUUGAUAAUAAUAUUAAUCCAAAACCUGGUUUAAAACAAAAAAUUCCAAAAUUUGGUUGGGCAGAAUUAAAUAUUUUACUUGAAUUAUAUAUUCAACAACAUUCUUGGAGAGUUGGUAUAAAAGUUAUUAAAUUAGCUUCAAGAUGGUUACAAGAUAGAGAAAAUGAGAAAUGGUGGGAUGAUAAUGAUGAUGAUGCAGAAUUUAGUGAGAAAAGAAGAAUGGAAAUAAUUGAUAAACUUGAUAAAGAAGAUGUUAAAAAAGAAGCUCGUGAAAAAGUAUAUCAUUUACCUAUUGAUAUUCGAUAUAAAAUUGGUACAUUACGAUUAGGAUUAGAUCAAAAAACUGAAGCUAUGAAUCAUUUUGAAUAUUUAUUAGAAGAUGAAGAUGAUAUUGCUGAUUUAUUUUUUGAAGCUGGUAAAGUUCUUGAAGAAAGUGGAUAUCAUGAAGAAGCCUUAACAUUUUUAACUCGUGCAUCACUUAGUGAUGAUUUUAAUACUUCAACUGAAUUAAUUAAUUUAUUAGGAAAAUGUUUUAUUGAAGUUGGAGAUUAUCAACAAGCUCGUCAAGCUUAUGAAACUUUAUUACAUCAUGAACCAGAUAAUUUAGAUUAUAAAUUAGCCUUAGCAGAAGCAUUAUUUCAUCUUGGAGAUCCAAGAGCUGGUAGAUUAAUUGUUGAAGUUUAUAAAAAACAUCCAACUACUGGAGAUUCUUUAGAAACAAAAUCAGAUAGUGAAAAGACUGGACCAGAAAUUGAUGUUGAAAAUAAUAAUUUAUCAUUAAUUAAGAAUCAAACAUUUAGAGCUAAAUCAUCAAAAUUAACUGAUCAAGAGAAAUUAGAAAUUGAAAAUAAUGCUAAACGUACAGUAUUAGAGAAAUAUAGAAGAAUGUUAAGAUUAGAAGAAUCAAUUAAUUCAGGUGAUAAAGUGGCUGUGACGGCAUGGAUGCAAUUGGCUUCUCAAUUAGUUGAAAUGUUUAUGAGAGUUCGAAGUUUCUUUCCUCGAGAUAAAAAUCGAGCCUUUAAGGGGAUUGUAUUAUAUAGAAGAAAGAAACAAAUGGGACUUGAUGAAAAAUUAGCCAGAGUUUAUAAUUUAUAUGAAGGGAUUGUUAAUGAUGAAAAUUAUUCUCGACAAUUUUUAACUUCCAAAACAGAAUAUAGAGGUCUUAAUUAUAAUGAAUGGUUUGUUAUAUUUGUUCAAUAUGCUAUAUUUUUAUCUAAAUUUGAUAAGAAUAUUGAAUAUGCUAAUGAAAUUAUUGAAGUUGCUAUGUCAGUAAGUGUUUUUGUUCAAGAUAAACAAAAGGAAGCAUUAUUAAGAAUUAUGAAAUUAAUCUUUGGAAUUUCUAAAGAAGAAGCAAGUACAACUAUUACAACAUAUGUUAGAUUUUUUUUAAUUUCUAAUCAAUUUUCUCCAUUUAUUUAUAAAUUUUUCAUAUGUUGUUUUGCUUCUGGUAUAAGAUCUUGGGAUACAUUUACAAAUUAUAAUCAACAAAAAUUCUUUUUAAGACAAUUAAAAGCUUAUGAUUCUAUUAUUCAAGGUAAAAGAAUUACUGGUAUGGCUACUAUAACUGCCGAUAUUGAAAAUGUUAAAUUAGCUAAAGAGCAUCCUGAUUUAUUAUAUGUUUAUGCUAAUUUAUUAGGAGGUAGUAGAAGUUAUGUUUCAUCUGUUGUUUAUCUUAAUCGAGCAUAUAAAGAAUAUAGUCAUGAUCCAAUGAUAUGUCUUGUAUUAGGAUUAGCCCACGUUCAUAGAUCAAUGCAAAGAUUAACUACAAAUAGGCAUAUUCAAUUAUUACAAGGUUUAAGUUAUUUAUUAGAAUAUCGAGAAUUACGAGAAAAAUCAGCUUCUGAUUAUGAAUUACAAGAAAUUGAAUAUAAUUUUGGAAGAUUAUUUCAUAUGUUAGGUUUAUCAUCAUUAGCGGUAGUUCAUUAUAAUAAAGUAUUUGAAUUUCAUGAUAAAUUAAAGGAUGAUAAUACAUAUGAUUUACUGACUGAUGCAGCCUAUAAUUUAUCUUUGAUAUAUAAUAUCAAUGGUAACUCUUCAUUAGUAAAGGACUUGACCGAGAAGUAUUUAGUUAUUUAACUGAAUUGUAUAUUAUGUACAUUAUAAUUGUAAGUAUUAUUGUAUUUGUAUUUAUAUUUAUUUGCAGUUGUAUUGAUUGCCGCAAAAUUAAUCUCAUCGUUCACCGACCCAAAAAAAAAGUAAAUUUACAC